UUUCCUGGCAUCCUGAUUCUGUGGGAAUAGUGUUAAAAAAGGAAGGAUUAGUAAUAGGUUAUAGUUAAAAUAACAACAAUAAUAAGUCAUCUGUUAGUCGAUGUUGUGCUUUUCCUGGUUUUUGUAGUUUGUUUAUAUUAAACAUUUAUAAAAGCAAUUCUAGGUUAAAGUUCCUGUAAAAAUAAGUUUUAUUAUUACAACCAUUUUAGUGAUAUUACUUAUUAAAUUAUUUAAUUACCAGCUAAUUAUAAAAAUGACCAAUAAGUUUGAUAUGCUUAAACAACAGCUAGAGAACUCAGAUCGAUCAGACAGUGGUAGUAGCGAAGAUGACGCUACAAAUAAUUCUGUUGAUUUAGGGCCAAUUGAGUAUCCUCCAGGCGAACACAAAUUGCAACACUCUUAUUGUUUAUGGUUUUCAAAACGGCCCCCUUUAGUUCGCAGUUCGCAACUUAGAGGAACAGAGGGAUACAGUCAAAUUCUUCGGUUAGUUGGUCAAAUUGGAACAGUAGAACAGUGGUGGGGUUUAUAUAGUCAUUUAGUGCGAUUACAAGAUCUCCCUCCACAUACUGACUUACACCUUUUUAAAAAAGGGAUACAGCCUAUGUGGGAAGAUUCAGCAAAUAUGCGUGGUGGCAAAUGGGUUAUAAGACUUAAAAAAGGAUAUGCACCUCGAGCCUGGGAAAAUCUUUGUAUGGCUAUGUUAGGAGAACAGUUUAUGGCAGGCAAUGAGAUAUGUGGUGUAGUAGUUUCUGUAAGAUAUCAAGAAGAUUUACUCAGUAUUUGGAAUCGAACAGCAUCUGAUCAAGCAACAACAGCCAGGAUUAGAGAUGCAUUAAAAAGACUUCUUAAUCUACCAAUGAAUGCCACCAUGGAAUACAAGUCACAUAAUGAAAGCCUAAAAGCAUCAAAAUCCAAUGCUCCUGUUCCAAUUAAAAGUUAGCAUAAUGUAUUCAGUAUUUGGCUUAUUAUUCAACCGUUGCCAUUGUUAUAUGCAUUGAAUUAUGUUUGAUGUAUACUUUAUAAUGUGAAUAAAAGUUGUAUAUUUUC